AUGGCGGACCCAGGGAUGUUGAGUUUAUUUGCGGACGAUGCAGGGCUGUUCUCAGAUGGAUUAGAUGGUAUAGGAGACUGUUUUCCUCAGCAGCCUACUCCAGGCCAAUCCAACACUCUACCCAGGCAGACUAAUCCCCCUCUCAACCACGAACACCAGGGAAACAGGGGUUACCACCAGGGCAUGCUCCUUGGUAGUGGGCCAGCACAACCUAAAUUAGGCCAAAUCUAUGACCACAGCACCUAUGCAGGCUAUGACCAGGCCGGCGCUCCUGCAGGAAGAAUGAUGUCUCAGAAUGGUCCGAGCCAGGGGCCACCAAAUGUCAAUGCAACAAUGAAUGGCAUGGCUUCUCAUUAUCAUAAUAACCCAUCCAACUCAAAUAACUCCCAUCAUGGUUACCAAGGUGAUGCUGGGGCUGGAGCAAGUGGAGCUGGUGUUUGGGGCCAACCGCAUCAAAGUAGAUCACCAUAUCAUCAAGCAGCAGCACAACCAGGGAGUGGACCCAACCAGAUGGGAGCUUUCCAAAUGUCUCAAGGCAACUACGGUGGGAUGCAAGGACAACCCACAUCCAACCCAGCUCGAAUAAACCAACAUUACCCAACACAGAACAUGGCUCACACACCUACUCAAGACCCCUCUCACUACAUGGGACAUGUUGGAAUGGUGGGCGGUCAAAUGAGACACCCACAGCCACAAAGUCAAGGCUAUUCCAAUUUGAACCACACAACUACAUUUCCACAUUCUCCUUCGCGACAACCUCCACACCCUCAUCAACAUCAGCAAAGCAUUGGUGGGUUUGGGGGUGGCCAGUACCCUGGCUAUCAAGCCCAGUAUGGUGCCAUGGGUUCUGGAAUUGGCCAGGGUGCCAAUGCUACUGUGGGUAGUAAUGCCAGCCCAGCUAUGGGACCUGUACAGCUUGGCCAAAGGUUUAAUCAGGGAUCCGGCACAGCUUCUGGGCAAUCUGGGCAGCGAUACCCCUCUGGACCAUCCCACCAGACACAUUCUGUCCCAAUGCAGCCACAGCCGGCAGGGCAACAAGGCCCGCCUAUGCACCCCCUUAGCCACUCCCAGCCUCCAAAUCAAGCCCAAUCCCACCUUGCUCCCCCAGCUCAGGGAUCCUACCCCUCUCCUUCAUCAAUGUCCCCCAUGCGGGUUCUGGGAACCCCAACGCCUCCACCCCAACAGGUCAGGCCCCCCAGUGCAGGACUAGCUGUUCCCACAGAGGUUACUGGAUACACAACUCUGCAGCCUACACCUAAUUCUAUUGCACAUCCUCAGAGACCUCCGCAAACAUCGUUGUCUGCACCCCACCAACACCAGCAGACCCACAGUGUACCUCCCAAUGUAGGGCAGAUGUACCCCAACAUGGGACCACAUCGUGGUCCCCAACUUGGUCCAAAUCGCCCCUCACUCCAGCCACAAGGGCCUCAUGAGUCACCAGUCAGCAAAGUGGGAGAACAGCAUAUCCUCCAUUCCCAGCAACAAGCCCCUCGAAGCGGCCAGCCCAUGCAGCCUUCUGCUGUCGGUUUCCAGGGUCCGUCUGUCAAUCAGCAUGGAGCCCUUCCCAUGAACCAUGGUUUAAUGCCACCUACCCAAAAUAUUCAGACGCCGCACACUCACCUGUCCUCCCAUCCACUACACAGCACACCCCCUCCCCACAACCAGGCCUCCCACCAUUGGGCAGCACCGCCUUCUGCCUCACACCCACUCUCCUCACCCCCGACUACCCCUCAGAAAGUGCCUAAUAUUCAGCAUUCCCCAAUGGACCCAUCUGCCGAUGCCUCAAUGAUGGUUCCUGAUAGACCGACUAGUAGCACUGAUGAUGUUAGUCAGGCUGUCUGCACCGGGCAGCCCGGUGAUCAGGAGAUUAAGCCAAAAAAGAAGAAGAAGAAGAAAACAAAAGUAGAAGAUGGAGUAGAUGAAGGAAAGAAAAGCAUGACAAAAGGAGGGGAAGAUGUCAUGUCAGAAUUUACUUCAACAGGGUGUGAGCAGGGUGUUGGCAUGGGAAUUGGAGAUGGAAGCUCCCUACCUGUUGAGAAGAAAAAACGGAAAAAGAAACCAAAGGAUAAGGCAGAGGGGACUGAGGCCAAAGAGCCUAAGACCCCCAAGACGCCGAAAACACCCAAGACCCCCAAAACUCCCAAAGAACCGAAGGAGAAGAAAGUCAAGAAUUCCACGCCCAAGGCCAAGAUGCCCAAAAAGUCCAGCAGUAAGAAAGCAGAGUCCGAAGAUGGCGCCAUCGCUACCAAGAAGGACUCCAAGAAGAAACGGGAUUUGUCAGCCUGUGAAAAUGUGGAGGUGAAGUCUCCGCCUUCCUCACCUAUUGAGGAGGAGGAUGAAGAUGGUGUGCAGAAGCGACGCUCCAGCCGUCAAGUGAAGAGGAAGCGGUAUACAGAAGACCUGGAGUUCCGAAUAUCGGAUGAUGAUGACAGUGGAGACGAUUCACCGGCACCGAAGUCCCCAUCGUCAACAACCCAGCUGCAGGACGUGGCGGAAGCUGAUGGGCCAGUUGUGGAGAAGAUAAUGGGUGUGCGUACCUCCAAGAAACAGCUGGAGUCACACGAGGAGGUGGAGGUUGAGGAGUUCUAUGUCAAGUUCAAGGGCUUUUCGUACCUCCACUGUCGUUGGGCAGAGUUAGAAGAACUGGAGAAAGACAAGCGAAUACAGCAAAAGGUCAAGCGAUUUAAGGCCAAGCAACUUCUCAACACCUUUAUCAAUGAGAUGGAUGAUGAGCCUUUCAACCCAGACUAUGUGGAGGUGGACCGCGUCUUGGACAUUUCAGAAAGCAUGGAUGAAAACGGGGAGCUGGUGACCUUAUAUUUGGUGAAAUGGUGCAGUCUACCAUAUGAAGACUCCACCUGGGAACUAAAGGCAGAUAUUGACCAGUCAAAGAUAGAGGAAUAUGAACGUAUCGCUGCACGCACACCCAACACUAACAAAGUGGAUCGGCCUUCAGCUACUGAAUGGAAAAAGUUGGAAGGUUCAAGAGAAUACAGGAACGGCAACGCACUCAGGGAAUACCAACUAGAAGGCCUCAACUGGCUCACCUUCAACUGGUACAACUCACGAAACUGUAUAUUGGCUGAUGAGAUGGGUCUCGGAAAAACUAUCCAGUCCAUUACAUUCCUCUACGAAAUUUACAUGAAGGGCAUUCAGGGGCCGUUCUUGGUUAUUGCCCCACUCUCUACAAUUCCUAACUGGGAAAGAGAGUUCAGGACUUGGACUGAGCUUAAUGCUGUGGUCUAUCAUGGCAGCCAAGCUAGCCGCAGAACCAUCCAGGCCUAUGAGAUGUACUUUCGAGAUACACAGGGUAAAAUAAUAAAGGGAGCUUAUCGGUUCGACGCUGUGAUAACCACCUUUGAGAUGAUUCUGGCCGACUGUCCAGAGCUUCGCGGGAUCCCUUGGCGCUGUGUCGUAAUAGACGAAGCCCACCGCUUGAAAAACCGUAACUGCAAACUACUGGAAGGACUCAAGAUGAUGGACAUGGAACACAAAGUUCUGUUAACAGGGACUCCUCUUCAAAACACAGUGGAGGAGCUGUUUAGCUUGCUCAACUUUCUAGAGCCAGAACGUUUCCCAUCAGAACAAACUUUCAUGACUGAAUUUGGAGACCUUAAGACCGAAGAACAGGUUCAGAAUCUGCAGGGCAUUCUGAAACCCAUGAUGUUGAGAAGACUAAAGGAGGAUGUUGAAAAGAACCUAGCCCCUAAGGAGGAGACGAUCAUUGAGGUGGAGCUCACAAACAUCCAGAAGAAAUACUAUCGAGCCAUUCUGGAGAAGAACUUCUCCUUCUUGUCAAAAGGGGGUGGAGGGGGAGGAGGAGGUGGUGGUGGUGGGGGUGGAGGAGGGGGAGGUGUCCCCAACCUCCUCAACACCAUGAUGGAGCUAAGGAAGUGCUGUAACCAUCCCUAUCUCAUUAACGGCGCAGAAGAGAAGAUCAUUGAGGAAUUUCGGGACUCCCACAGUGGAAUGGACAUGCCAGACAUGCCCCUGCAAGCAAUGGUCCAUGCUGCUGGAAAGCUGGUGCUCAUUGACAAGCUACUGCCUAAACUGAAGGCGGGCGGUCACAGAGUCCUGGUUUUCAGUCAGAUGGUCCGUUGCCUGGACAUUUUGGAAGACUAUCUCAUCCAGAAACGUUACCCCUAUGAGCGCAUUGAUGGCAGAGUUCGUGGCAAUCUGCGACAGGCAGCCAUAGACCGCUUCUCUAGACCAGAUUCUGACAGAUUUGUUUUCCUGCUGUGCACGAGAGCUGGCGGACUUGGCAUUAACCUGACAGCAGCAGAUACUUGCAUUAUCUUUGAUUCUGACUGGAACCCACAGAAUGACCUGCAGGCCCAGGCAAGAUGCCAUCGUAUCGGCCAGUCCAAAGCUGUCAAAAUAUACCGUUUAAUCACAAGAAACAGUUAUGAGAGGGAAAUGUUUGAUAAAGCCAGUCUGAAGCUUGGUCUUGACAAGGCUGUCCUCCAGAGCAUGAGUGGGCGUGAGAAUGCCAAUAGUGGGGUUCAGCAAUUGUCCAAGAAAGAGAUUGAAGACUUACUGAGGAAGGGAGCUUAUGGUGCACUCAUGGAUGAGGAGGAUGAAGGCUCCAAAUUCUGUGAAGAAGACAUUGACCAGAUCCUUCAGAGGCGCACGCACACCAUAACCAUAGAGUCUGAGGGCAAAGGGUCUACCUUCGCCAAGGCCAGUUUUGUUGCACCAGGCAACAGAACAGACAUUUCUCUGGAGGAUCCUGACUUCUGGCAGAAAUGGGCCAAGAAAGCAGAACUAGACCUGGAUGCCAUCAAUGGACGGAACACACUGGUGAUAGACACACCAAGAGUAAGAAAGCAGACACGUCACUAUAGCAGUGUGAAAGAGGAUGAGAUGAUGGAGUUCUCGGAACUGGAGAGUGAAGAUGAAGAACCUAGCAGACCUGUCUCCAAACCACGGCGGCCCCAAGACAAAAUCCAGGGCUACCCUCGAUCUGAGUGCUUCCGAGUGGAGAAGAACCUUCUAGUCUACGGUUGGGGUAGAUGGACUGACAUCCUGGCUCAUGGCCGCUUCAAGCGACCCCUGAAGGAGGCUGAUGUGGAGACAAUCUGCCGAGCUCUCCUAGCAUACUGCCUGAUGCAUUACCGUGGCGAUGAGAACAUCAAAAGCUUUAUAUGGGACCUGAUCACUCCAAGCGAAGAUGGAACAACUAAGACAUUGACCAAUCACUCAGGUCUAUCAACACCAGUACCUCGAGGCAGAAAGGGCAAAAAAGGGAAACCCACUGGUCCAUUGCCGCAGACACCAAGAGCAGCUUGGCUUGCAAGUUGUAAUCCUGAUCAUUUACUGCAAGAGGAUAGCUACAAGAGACACUUGAAGCAUCACUGUAACAAGGUGUUGCUGAGGGUGAGAAUGCUGUAUUAUUUGAGACAGGAGGUCAUCGGAGAUCAAGCUGAACGCAUUCUGGAUGGAGCAGAGUCCAGUGAGUUGGAUAUCUGGAUCCCCCAACCAUUCCACGCGGAGGUCCCCACAGACUGGUGGGACACGGAGUCAGACAAAUCCUUGCUAUUAGGUGUCUUCAAACAUGGCUAUGAAAAGUAUAACUCCAUGCGAGCUGACCCCACCCUGUGUUUUUUGGAGAGGGUGGGUAUGCCCGAUGCCAAGGCUAUUGCCGCCGAGCAGAGGGGCAAUGAUAUGAUGGCAGAUGGCGCCGAAGGUGAGGAUGAAGAUCCAGAAUACAAGCCACUCCGGAUGACUUUUAAGGAUGAAAUGGAUGAUUUCACCAAUUCUCCUCUAGAUGACAUUGGGGAAGGAGAAGCAGAAGGUAAAUCUGAUGAAAACGGUCAAGGUGUGCCUUCCACGGGCGGUGCCUCAGGUUCCAACGAGCGACUCUAUUGGCCGGCCGCUUCAGCUCUGACAGCCCGUCUGCGCCGCCUCAUUACUGCCUACCAGCGUUCCAAUCGAAGAGAGCAGCUCCGUCAGGAGGCCCUCAAUAGACCCGACGGGCGCAGAAGGCGACGCCGGGACUUCCUGCCGACCAUUGCAAUGGUUACAGAGGCAACGGGAGGAGCGGCAGCAUAUUUGCAAGAUCCGACAACGGUCUUCAUGGCUGAAGGAACUCCGUACUUAACUAAAGGAAAUGCGUAUUUUGCUAAAGGUGGACAAUUUAUAACUGAUGAGUCACCGGUGUUGACCACAAGUGCCCUGUUGACUGAUGGAGCGAUGUACUACAAGGAAAGACGUCAAAGAUGGACUCGUCGUGAGGAGGCGGACUUUUACAGAGUUGUGUCCACAUUUGGAGUUGUCUUUGACAUCCAGCGUCAGAAAUUUGACUGGACACAAUUUCGAGCGUUUGCCCGUUUGGACAAAAAGACCGACGAAAGCCUGGAGAAAUAUUACUAUUCGUUCAUUGCAAUGUGCAAACGUGUCUGUCGUAUGCAGGUCAAAACUGACACAGAACUGCCCGACCCAACACUGAUCAUCGACCCCAUCACAGAGGAACGUGCUUCCCGCACUCUGUAUCGUAUCGAAUUGCUUCGGCGCAUCAGAGAACAGGUUCUCCCUCAUCCGCUGCUCCCUGAACGCCUCAAACUCUGUCAGCCUUCGCAAGAUCUCCCAGAGUGGUGGGAGUGUGGCCGCCAUGACAGGGACCUCCUUAUUGGCGCCUCAAAGCACGGUGUGAGUCGAACAGAUUAUCACAUCCAAAAUGAUCCUACCUUGUCUUUUCUGGAGGCACAUCAACGCAUCACGAGUCAGCGAGGGACCAUUGUCAGCAUGGGAGAACUGUGCAAAAGUGGCAUAGGAGCAGUGGAGAGCAGCCCUUUGGCUCUGCUCACACCUGCAGAACUGGCCGCGGUCGCAGCUUCUGCCGAAAUGGCUAUCGCGAAAGCAGAAGCACAGGAAAUCCUGGUGAAAACUGAGCAAGAUGAUGUCAAGACUGAAAUUAAAACAGAGGCUGAAGACGAGGACGCCAGUGUAAAGACUGGAACUCCUGAAAAAAUGGAGGAAAAUGCAGUCGACGUUAAAAAUGAGAAAGAAACAUCAGAUUCACCCGUGUCUGAUGUUAAAGAUAAUGUGAUUCAACCGGUAGCAGAAAAAGAAACGAGCGGAGAAACGAAAGUGAACACCGACAACGUUUCCCAAUUGACUGAAGAAGGCAAAGAAUUGACUGACGAGAAGGCAAGCGUGGCUCCUGUUGACACCGCCGACGACCAGAUGACAUUGAAGGCUCCGGAAAAUCCUGAAGCGCAAACAGGCCAAAAUCUUGCAGAGGAAGAAGACCGAGUGGAAAGGGAGGACUGCAAGUCUCUGAAGUCACCUGAUGCAGAGAAAAGCCUGGAAGAGGAAGAGGAGGAUAGGAUGGAUGAAGAUGACAAAUCAGAGAAAUCUUCGCAGGCUGAAGCGAGCGCCGUGUCUGAGCAGAAGAACUUUGACGAGGAGAGCAUUGCAUCUUUGAGCACGUCCGCUCGAGAUGAAACCAGAGAUGGCUUUUGCCCUGAUGACCUGCCAGAAACGUCUGCUUUGCAGGCCUUACAAGACAGAACGUAUGCCUUCACACUCUGGCCUAAGGAUCGAGUGAUGAUUAACAGGAUGGACAACAUCUGUGAGGCUGUCCUGAAGGGCAAGUGGCCGAUCAACAGGCGCCACAUUUUUGACUUUCCUAGCAACCUGUUGCCAGGUCAUGGGUCCGCAGUCAGCACUGCGUCAGUAGCCACGGCAAGUGAGAGCCCUCUGCACAGGCGAAGUCUGGGUGAGCUAACUGUGAGCGGGAUCCACACCUCUUACAGUGGGAUCGAGGAUAAAACGCUUUCACCACAGGUUCAUGACGAUCCUCUGGGCCUGACAGUACCUCGUCAGAGGAGGAGGAGAAGGAGGAAGAUUGAGAUUGAAGCAGAAAGAGCGGCCAAGAGGCGCAACCUGAUGGAGAUGGUUGCUCAACUGAGGGAGAGCCAUGCUUCCCUCGAGUCCCAAAAUCAAGCUAUUGAUCUCACAAAGGGUAUGCACCAUCAACACAAGAGCACUCCGUCGUUGGCCGGCUUCCCCAGCGCUCUGGUAACAAACCCCUCCCUCAAGGCCCAAAUGGAGCUGCUGCAACAAGCCCCGCCCUCCGGUCACAGAGCCAACGGUUCGCUGGAAGCUGACCUGCCGAUGAUGAGGAGGAGGCGGGGACGAAGGAAAAAUGUAGAGGGCUUAGAGCUGCUGUUUAUGGGCAACAAAAGAGUCGGAGGGGAUGAUGGUGAUGGGAACAAGGUGUCAGGGGGGGAAGGCGCUCAGGAUACCGCCCAUGCCCACAGACCCCUCGCAGUAUCGGAGCAGAGCCCCAGUGGAAUAUCUCUUGCCUCUGGUAGUAUGGAGGAGGAAGAGGCGACAGUUUCCAACAAAGAACUUGGAGAGUGGCUGAGGCAGCACCCCACGUUCACCAUGGACAUGUCUGGAUUUACACCAAAGAACGAAGAGUUACUGCUGUCUCAAUUCUCAAAGCCCAAGCAAAAGCGUCAUCGCUGCCGAAACCCCAACAAGAUAGACAUCAACACCCUCACAGGAGACGAGAGGGUGCCUGUGGUCAACAGAAGGAAUGGACGCAAGAUGGGCGGGGCAAUGGCUCCCCCAAUGAAGGAACUUCCUAGAUGGUUACUGGAGAACCCGGAGUUUUCAAUUGCACCUGAUUGGACAGAUAUUGUCAAACAGUCGGGUUUUCUCCCAGAAGCCAUGUUUGACCGGUUGUUGACGGGUCCUGUCAUUAGGGAAGAGGGGGUCCGUCGUCGGGGGCGACGGCCCAAAUCGGAGAUCGCCAAAGCGGCCGCCGCAGCUCAGGCGGCAGCUGCGGCUCAGGCCGCUCAGGCUUCGUUGGCCACCGCUGCUUCGUCGGCCGGAGGCAUCAAUCCUUUGCUGCUGAACAGUCUGUUUGGAGGGAUGGAUCUGUCGUCGCUGCAGAGCCUCCAGUCCCUCCAGUUGGCGGCGGGUCUCAUGGCUUUCCCGACCGCCAGCGAUCCCAAGCAGGCGGCCGCCAACGCCGCAGCCGCCUCCAUGCUCCCCCUCAUGCUACCCGGCAUGGGGGGCUUGCCCAACAUGGCCGCAGCCAUCCCCAACAUGUUCACCCUCGGUGGGCUGUUCGGCGGAAACUUGGCGACGGCUGCCACCGCCGACUCCACGACAGCCUCUGGCUCCGGGAACACCAACGGUACCGCGGAGGCGGACGGGGGAGAAGGCGAGGAAGCCGCGGCGACUAAGAGGAAAAGAACGGAAGAAGAUGUUGAGGAGGCUGGAGAAAAGGAGGAUGAGGAGGGGGAAGCUGAUGGGAAUGAAUGUGAAAACGCCACUAAGAAGAUGAAGCUCGACAAGGAGGAUGAAGAAGAUGGAGAGAAGACAGAGAAACCCCAAAGCAAUCGGAGCGCAGGUCCACAGAUGCCGACGACUACGCCGGCCGACUCUAUCAACGGCGAGGCCGCCGCCCUGCUGGCCGCCGCCGGCAUGUCUGCCAAUUCUCUGGCGUUCAACCCUUUCCUCCUCUCCACAAUGGCUCCCGGCCUCCUCUACCCCUCCGUGUUCCUCCCUCCUGGCCUCGGGGGUCUCGGCCUGCCCGGUUUUCCCGCCGCCGCCACUUUGGCCGAGCUUCAGAGUGCCAUGGGAACACCGGGGGGCGACGCCGCGGCCGCCAAGCCUUCCAGAGACGAGGAGGUCGAGGGGCCUAAAGCGGCGGACGAAGAGGAGGAGGCGGCGCGUGGGGUGGAGAGUGACUUGGCCGAGGAGAGCGCAGUUGCGAAGGAGAACAGAAGCGAAGCGGACGAAUCGCUCGUGGAGGACGGAGGGAUGAUCGAAGAAGGCGAGUAG